ACACCCUUCUCUCGUGGUCAAUACUCUCUCUCUUUCUCUCUCGAGUCAAAGACAUAAUCAAUUCCUCGCUGCAGCAAACGAAUCACGUAACCAAAAUCACCAGGAAUCUUCUCUCUUUCUGCAGCUUGAAUGCGAAGUACGACGAUCGGAAAUAGUAGCCGAGGGAGGACUUCAAUACAAUGCCGUCGGACGCCGCGUACCAGGUCCAACGGCCGGCGAGAUCGGCAGCGGCGGUGUGUGGUGUAGCUCGCCGUGAUGCUAGUCCUGAUUCCUUGAUCUUCACGCCGGAAUCAAAUCUCAGCCUCUUCUCCUCUGCCUCUGCGAGCGUCGAUCGCUGCUCUUUUGCUUCCGAUGCUCAGGAUCGCGACUCUCUCGUCUCCGAUCUCUCCAUGGAACGAGAUCCCAGGGGAAUUUCGAAUUGUGCAAAUCUAGAUCCAAACAAGCUUUCAACAGGGAGAAAGCACAGUUGGAACUCUAGAAAAGCAGAUAAAGUGAAAGUGCAGAAAGAAGAUAACAAAGUGAACGCGGAAGAUGAGAGCCAGCACUUGGAUUCCGCUAGGAACUCAUUCUCUUUAGCUCUUAAAGAAUGUCAGGAUAGGAGAUCCAGAUCCGAAGCUCUGGCAAAGAAGCUCGAUAUGCAAAGAACUCCUUCUCUGGAUCUAAAAAAUGUCACUUCUUUCUCUCCACGACUGCUAACCGUAAAGAGAAACUCAGUUUCGACCAACAAAUCCAGUGCGUUUCCUAGUCCAGGAACUCCGACUUAUCUGCAUGGUAGCAUUGCAAUGCCAAAGGGUUGGAGCUCGGAACGAGUACCGUCACGUUCAAAUGGGGGGAGAAGUCAAGGCCAUGCUGCAUUUACGCCCUUAUACAGUGGGAAAACUCUACCUUCAAAGUGGGAAGACGCAGAGAGGUGGAUAUUUAGUCCUGUUGCUCGGGAAGGAGUCGUUCGAACUUCAUUUGCGGUGUCACAUGGAUUUCGGCCUAAAUCAAAGAGUGGUCCUUUAGGGCCUCCAGGACUUGCAUAUUGUUCCUUGUAUUCUCCAGCUGUUCCAAGUGCUGAAGGUGGGAGCAUGGGCAACUUCAUGGUAGGCUCUGCAUUUUCGGCUGGGGUCAUAGCAACAGACAGAUAUUCUGGAGUCUCUGAUGCAGCAUUUCCUUCAAGAAUAGAUCCUUGCAUAGCUAGAUCAAUUAGCAUUCAUGGCUGCUCAGAGACACUGGCACCCCCUCAGUUACCAUCCCAAGAUUACAUCCUUGAAAAUGUUAAGGAUGUUGGCACCAAUCCUCGUGCUGCAUCAAGAAGGGAUAUGGCAACCCAGAUGAGCCCAGAUGGAAGCAUCAACUCAUCCCCUGAGAGAAGAUCUUCGUGCUCUCGGUCCUCUGCAGCACUACCUAUUAUGGAAAUACAAAAUGGCCGUUCCUCUCAAUCAGAAGUCAGGGAUUUGCAGGUUGAUGGAAAGGUCACUGUUACACGUUGGUCGAGGAAGCACAGGGCCCUAUACCACGGAAAGAGCACAGAAAUGCGGGAAAACUUGAACGGAAAAGCCAUGGAUCCCCAAGGCUUGACAUGGGUAAAGAGAGAGGACGCUAGAAUCAAUGCAUGGGAAAAUUUGCAAAAAGCAAAAGCGGAGGCAGCAAUAAGAAAACUAGAGAUGCAACUGGAAAAGAAAAGAACAUCGUCAAUGGAAAAGAUCAUGAAAAAGCUGAAAUCGGCGCAAAGGAGAGCGAAUGAUAUGCGGAGCUCUGUGUUAGCCAAUCAUGGUCAACAAGUUUCAGCUUCAUCCCGCAAGAUUGUAUCUUUCAGAAGAACUCGGAAGAUGGCUUCCAUUAGUGGUUGCUUUACCUGCUAUGCUAUAUAACCAUCUACGCUUAUGUAUGGAAGCUCCGGGGGUUUGCAAAAAUGGCAUUGUAAAGCAGAAGGAGACACUGAGAGGUGUUGAUGCGAUUUUGGUAAAAUAUGAAUCUCGCCCUCUACAACAAUCAAGCUCUCAGAACAUGUGAGAAUACUCUAUCUUGACCCUCGCCUUUUAAUCCUCGGGAUCAAUCCAUCCCUUUCUACCCAUUCACGGUAUUCACCCUCAUUGAUUAAUAUACAUUAUGUUGAUCCCCUCGUGGUGUUAGAGGUGAUUUGAUCCUUUGGUAUCCAGCAAUAGCCGAGUUACUUAAUUUCCAUGUAUGCGCAGAUAUGUGUCCGUGCCUAUAUCCUUCAUGUUUUAGCUUUGUUGUUCAUUUUUUCAACACUUCGUACUCAAACGUUGACGUUAUUAUAAUCUUUUUGGUAGUUUUUCAUACUUGAGUACUGACCAGAUUUUGUUUUA